AUGGGGUCCUGGUGGCUCAGCAUGUGGAGUUUCAUAACAGCGAUAUUCGGCGUGAUGCUGGAUGUUGCACAAUUCUGGAAACAUAAGUUCCUGUCAUGGUGGAACUCCAAGUCCACUCGGUCCCAACUUUUCUAUACACUUGAAACAGCAACGAGUUACGAGCAGUGGGAAAGCGCGGCGUUUGACCUGGACGAGCUUCUGAAUAAGGACCUUUGGCGCCAAAACAAUAUCAGUAGACAUUAUGACCACCGAUUAAUUUUGGGCCGACUGGAAGCGUUGAUGCUCGCGCGAGAAAGUGAGAAUAUUCAGACGCUAGUUAACCUCCUCCGAUCCGGACUCGUGCGCAACCUGGGCAACAUCACGUCUACGAGAUUAUUCACGCAUGCGUACGCAGGCACGAAACUUUUGAUCGAUGACUAUAUCACGCAAGUUGCGCUGUCUAUACAGUAUGUUACCUCGCUCCAGCCGGUGCCUGGGCAUGCCAAUGGGUUCACGUCGCAGGCGAAGCUAGAGCUGCUGCAUGAUACGCGACAAGCCUUUGGACGUACGACUCUGCUGUUACAAGGUGGAUCGGCGUUUGGACUUUGCCAUUUAGGAGUUGUGAAGGCGCUGCAUUUGCAAGGGCUUUUGCCUCGAAUAAUUACAGGUACCGCCACGGGCGCUAUGAUUGCAGCUUUGGUGGGCAUUCACCCGGAGAGCGAGCUGCUUGAGUUACUGGAGGGAGAAACGAUUGAUAUGUCUGCUUUCGAUCGGCGGUGGAAAGGUCAUACCAAUGGUUCAUCCGCUAACAAAGCCGAAGGUUGGCUCUGGACGUUCUUCCGGCGGCUGAAGCGAUUCCUUCAAACGGGGCACUUAUUUGAUAUGGAGCUGCUUGAAGAAUGUGUGCGAGCCAAUGUUGGAGAUUUGACCUUUGAAGAGGCGUAUGCUCGGUCGAAGCGCAUUUUGAACAUCACCGUGGCUACGGCAGGUAAGACGGGCACACCGAAUCUGCUUAAUUACCUGACCGCGCCGAAUGUGUUGAUCUGGUCUGCUGCUGCUGCCUCCAAUGCUUCAUCAUUUUCUAGACGUUCUUCACCCGUGACAAUUUACUGCAAAGAUGAGACCGGAUCCAUCAUGCCAUGGCCGCAUGCACAAGAUGCUGUCUUUCAACCAUGGCGACACGUUCACUACAAUGAAGGCGAAUCACCCCUUGCCCGAAUUGCCGAGCUCUUCAACGUGAACCACUUCAUCGUCUCCCAAGCUCGUCCAUACUUAAUCCCAUUCCUACGAUCCGAGCUCAACCUCCUCGACCGCCGCCAAACUGGUUGGAACAACCUUUCCCGAUCACUUAUGCGACUGAUUCUAGUCGAGCUGCGCCACCGCCUUCGACAACUAGAUUACCUUGGCCUUCUCCCAGGCUCAGUCAGUCGUCUCCUUAUCGACGAAACCAUCCCAGGCCCAAACCUGACUCUUGUGCCAGAUCUGUCCUUUACAGAUGUGGGCCGACUCUUCCAACAACCUACCCGAGCACAAGUCGCAGAAUGGACUCUCAAAGGCGAGCGAGGCGUCUGGCCCGCUGUUAGUGCAUUGAAGGUCCGUGAAGCUAUCGAGAUCGAGCUGGAUAAGGGCUACCAGAUCGUUCGUCGGCGGCGACCUAGUGAUCAAGCUCUACCUCCACCGAUACGCCCAUCUCCUAAUGAGGGUGUACCUCGUCGAAGACGCGUAGAGGGUGAAACCGAGUGCGAUAACGGCCAACUUGUUGAUGGACUAUAA